GGCGCAAUGAUAUGACGACAUAGUAUAUGCUAAAGAUUGGUCAACGAUUGACAGCAGAGUGUACAGAAUAUCGACGAUGCUGAUAAGUGGACUAUCUCUGCAAACUACCAAAGGAACAACCUGCUUAUGCAGCGAAUCGAGCAUUUAGAAUUGUAUCCCUUGUCAACAGAGUUUAACUUGGAGGUGUAAUUUCAACAUGAAUGAGCCAGAAGGACUACGGUUCAGGAGGCUGAACAGACCACAAAUUAUCACUGACGAGCUACAGGAACCUCUCUACAAGGGCACCAGCACAUACAGUGGAAAAGUCUUUCGUGUGACAUUGCUGAGUCUUGGAGCGUUCCUGCUACUCCCACUGUUGGCAGUCAUUCUUCUCCUAGAGUCCCCUAUCCAACCAGAGUUGCUCAGUCUUAGUGAGCCACCCCUCAUGGUGGGAUGUUACGAGCCUAACUUUAAACUGAGAGAGGCACAACGGCUGUUUGAGGACCAGAUCGUUGGCCCAGAGUCCAUCGCUAACAUUGGAGAUGUUCUGUACACUGGUACGUCUGAUGGGAAGAUACUGAAACUCGAUGGUAAACGAAGCCAUGUUGUGGCCAGGCUCGGAAAUCCACCCUGUGGUUCCCGUGAGGAGGAACCCACCUGUGGAAGGCCUCUGGGUAUACGAGUGGGUCCAAAUGGGACCCUCUUUGUAGCGGAUGCCUACCUGGGGCUGUUUGAGGUCAACCCAGUUACAGGUGAGGUAACUACCUUGGUGCCAACUGGUCACAUGGUCGGGGGUCGGAGGCUCUCAUUUGUCAACGACCUGGACGUCACCCAGGACGGGAGGAAGGUGUACUUCACUGACUCCAGCAGCAAGUGGCAGCGCAGGGACUACCUGUACCUCAUCAUGGAGGCCACCGCUGAUGGACGUGUGCUAGAGUAUGACACAGAGACCAAGGAGGUGACGGUGCUGAUGGAGAACCUCCGUUUCCCCAAUGGCCUUCAGCUUCUCCCUGAUGAGGAGUCUGUUCUAGUGGCUGAGACAACCAUGGCAAGAAUACGCAGGGUCCACGUGUCAGGCUUGAAUAAAGGAGGCAUGGACACCUUUAUUGACAACCUGCCUGGUUUCCCUGACAACAUCCGACGUAGUUCGUCAGGAGGUUACUGGGUUGCCAUGUCAGCGGUGCGGCCCAACCCUGGAUUCUCCAUGUUGGACUUCCUCUCUCAAAGGCCCUGGAUUAAGAAGCUCAUCUUCAAGAUCUUCAGUCAGGACGUGAUGAUGAAGUUCGUUCCUCGCUACAGCCUGGUGCUGGAGCUGAAGGACGGGGGCACGUGCGUGCGCAGCCUCCACGACCCCCACGGCGUGGUGGCGGCCUACAUCAGUGAGGUCCACGAGCACGACGGACACCUCUACCUGGGCUCCUUCCGCUCCCCGUACAUCUGCAAGCUGGACCUCAGCAAGGUGUGAGUCCAGAACAACCCGAUAGUGUCCGAGAAACGGAGCCUGCGCCGUAUGUAUUCCUCACAUCCACCGAGACUGCUCUAUGCCUACCUAGACCCUCCUACUGUCUCGAGGGAGAGGUUUUACCUAAUCAACAACCAGUAAUCAAAUCGGUCUGAAUGGCUUAAUGCUAGAUAUGCAACGUUGUAUUGCUUCACACCAGCUUGUGGCACACAGGUGUUGGUAAUCAUUAAUGCACCCAUGAGGUGUUGGGUGGCCAUAUCUCGCCACUCAUAUCCGUUAGAUAUUCCCAUGACCUAUCAACCCCUCUUUCCCAGUUGAAAAGGAACCCUUUUUGAACUGGUUUAACUACUGUGUGGGCUAAAUAUUUAACCCAGAGAUUUUUUGUGAUUAUUGUUCAAAUUGUGUUCAUGCUCUUGUUUUGAGUUUGUGUCACAAGAUGCCAAAGUGGGCUGAUGUUUGUUUUAGUUAUUCAUCUUUAUUUGCACUGAGUUGUGUUGUUUUGCACAGACCUGUCCAUCUGACCUUUAACUGCAGCAUUCUGAUACAUAUCAGAUUUUCUGAGAUCUAAUUUUAUCUGUUGAAAGGUGAGGUUUUAAAGAACAUCCAAAUCACGUAUGUCAAGAGCCUCAUUGAACAAAUGUAUAGUUUGAUUUCUUUUUGACUCUCCCAUUGCUUGUUCUACAUGUAAUGAAAAGUUUGAAUUAUGUGAAUGCUUCCAUUUGACAACUGAGGUCUGGUUUUGUAUAUAUUGUCAGCUGUCUUAUUUUUGCUCACUGUUGAAUGCUUCCGAACCUCUGCUAAACAGACAAUGUGAUCUUCCUGAGCUUACUUUGAAUAAAACUAGCUCUGUUUUAGACUAAUAUCUAUUCUGAAACAAACCAUUCAAAAAAAACAAUGAUGCGUUAUGAAGAUCGGCUUCUUGUAAGUGAACUGACAAUAAUUAGUUUGAGAAAUAAAUAUCUAA